UUCAUCUUCAUUCUAUUUUUCCUUCGCUUUGUCUUUGAUAUCAUCAACUAACCAUAAACUACUUUUUGUCUCUUUAUUCAUCUCUAUCCCAAUCUCCAAUUUCUCUCUUCUUCUUUUUUCUUUGUCCUAUUAAAACUUUCCCCUAAAUCCACAAUAAAACAACACCAUGAGUCGUUUCUGGACUUUGCUCUCCAAUCUUCAUGCUUUAGCUGGGCCUGUGGUGAUGUUGCUGUAUCCCCUAUAUGCCUCGGUGAUAGCUAUAGAAACACCAGGGAAAGAAGAUGAUGAACAGUGGCUUGCUUAUUGGAUCCUAUAUUCUUUGCUAACUUUAACAGAGAUGGUGCUUCAAUCAGUCUUAGAGUGGAUACCAAUUUGGUACACAGUGAAGCUAGUGUUUAUGGCAUGGAUGGUAUUACCACAGUUUAGGGGGGCAGCUUUCAUAUAUGAAAGGUUUGUGAGGGACCAAAUCAAGAAACAAGGGUUUUUGAGAGAGAAUAAUAAUAAUAAGAGGCAUCAUCAUCAAAGUGGGAAUACUAAUUCUCCAAAUGGUAAAGGAAAGAAGAAAUUUGUGCACUUCAUCGUCCCCAAGAAAGCGGAGCAAGAGGCUUACUGAGGGAGUGGCCAGUGGGUGUAAAUGACAAGUAUGUAAUCAAAAUAUGAUAUGAUAUACAAUCACUGUAGUGUACACUAUACAUCGUUCAGCGUAUGAAGAAGUUGUUGACAAUAACUUCACUUUCAAGUUUCAGUUCAAUUGUGUGUCUUGUCAUAAUGGUAAGAAUUGUUGGAGGUUGUUUACAA